AUGAUCCGAGAACUCGAGACUGCUGUACCUCCGUCCAAAUCUGUUGUUGAUGGUUUUAGUAAACAAAACAAACUGUUCAACUCAACUGAAACUACAAAGAAACGUAAGGUUGUUGAGAUUCAUUUCGAUCCGUUGGUAAUGCAUACCAUUUCACUGCUGUGGUAUAAUCGCAAAAUUAAUUGCUAUCGGGUAAGAAUGGGACCACCGCCACCAUUACCUAUAUUCAGUCCCGUUAAAUUAAAACUGCCUAACUCGCAAGAUAUGGAGGAUGAGUUUUCGGAAGAGAAUAUGCAAUUAUUGCUCAGAAAAGCGGUGGCUGUUUUAGCUGCUCAUUUAGGUUUUAUUAGUAGCUUGCUACUUGAUAUUGAGCCGUUGAAGUAUGUUAUUGAAAAAUCUCAUUCAGAAAUGGAAUCAUCUGUGACAUAUCUCAUAUCACGGAUUAUUGCUGCGAGAAUAAAACGAAUGUGUAUUAACUUGAAUCUUUCACACCAGCGCCGAGUCGAGGGUAGAGAAACUGCAUUCCCUUCAGCAUUGAUGCAUGCGCUUCGCUUGGAAAAUAUUAGGGAUGUCACAGAACUGCAAGAAUUCUAUAGGAACCGUGUCAUCUUUUAUCACGAUCGAGUAUUACUUUCGUGUACUCAAAAAUAUGAAAGGGCAGUGAAGAAAUUUGCUCCUUUUCAAGCUGAGAAAAUCUAG